AUGGACCAGAACAACCCUCUAGGACCGCAGGAUGCAUCGCGCCAGUUGGCCCAACAGGUCAACAUCGGCAGCGGCGAUGGCAUUAGCUCAAUAUAUUCCCAGCUAACUAGCAAUCCGUUUUUCACUGCUGGAUUUGGGCUCGCAGCACUCGGCGUCGGCGCACGCAUUGGACAGAAGGGAUUGAGGCAAGGGGCAGAUUUAAUUCGACGGCGCAUGAUCGUGGAUUUGGAAAUAACGCGGCACGACCAUGCAUACCAAUGGCUUCUGCAAUGGAUGACGGCAUACCAGAGGGCACAGCUCGCGGGCAGUCAAGCGGUUGAAGGCCAGGCUUCAAAGCAAGGCUUUCUAUCUUCCUUAGUCCAACGUCUAAAUCCCCGACUCCACCACCUCCAAAUACAGACCUCGCAGGUCCCUCUCCCCGGCGGGACCUCCAACGCACACUUCUCCCUAGUACCAGGAUACGGGCGCUAUAUAUUACGCUAUGGGCGUUCCUUCAUCAUGGUCAAUCGCCAGCGCGAGAAGUCGUUCGACCUGGCCUCCGGCACACCCUUCGAAACCAUUACCCUCACCACCCUAUACGCCCACCGCAAUAUAUUCGAGCAAAUAUUCGCCGAAGCGCACCAGCUCGCACAACAAAGGACAGAGGGAAAGACCAUAAUAUACAACUCGAUGGGGCCAGACUGGUCGCAAUUCGGGGAACCCAAGCGGAAACGCCCACUUGAGUCCGUGGUCCUGGAGCGUGGCGUAAAAGAGAAAAUAGUCGAGGAUCUUCAGGCGUUCCUAGAAGCCCGGACCUGGUACCUAGAUCGAGGAAUCCCAUAUCGGAGGGGCUAUCUACUUUACGGCCCCCCAGGAACAGGCAAAAGCUCUUUCAUACAAGCAUUGGCGGGGCAUCUCAAUUUCAAUAUCGCGAUUCUGAAUGUCAGCGAGCGCGGGCUUACGGAUGACCGGCUGAACCAUCUCCUCACCAAGGUUCCGCAAAGAACGAUUGUGUUACUCGAAGAUGCCGACGCCGCUUUCAUAAAUCGCCGCACGCCUGGAGAAGACGGGUACGCUGGUGCUACGGUUACCUUUUCCGGCCUUCUCAAUGCGUUAGACGGCGUUGCGAGUGGUGAGGAGCGUAUCAUUUUCCUAACUACAAAUCACAUCGAGCGACUAGACGAAGCGCUCGUCCGGCCCGGGAGAAUCGACAUGACAGUUCGCCUGGGCGAGGCUACCGAGUGGCAGAUUGAGCAGAUGUGGGAUCGCUUCUUCGCGGACAUUGACACCAAUGGCGAGGGGAGGAAGAGGUUCAUGGCGGAGGUAAAAGAGGUGGGUUUGACCAGCUCGAUCAGUACUGCGGCACUGCAGGGCCUGUUCCUGUAUAACAAGGGUGACAUUGAUGGCGCGAUUUCUAUGGUGAAAGAGUUGUCUAGUGGUCAUGGGAAUAUCGAUGUUCGAUAACAAUACCUCUUUGGCCCUAGGGGAGUUUUCUUGUAUAUAC